UAUAAUUAUAUGAAGAAUAUGCAAUUAUCAUACGAUGAACUCUGCUAAAAUAAAUUGUUAGCUUUUACUAUAUUUUCUAAAGUAAAAGCCCCCUAGCCAUUAAUUGAAGUAAAUAAAAAGUUUAAAUAAGUAAAGUGAUACAGCUGAAUUUAAAUUGGCAUUACAAGAGCAUAGAUCAAGGGCUUCAACUACUCUCUAUUUCUCAGUGCUUUCUACUUUUACUUUUUGCUUAAUAUUGAAAAUGAGAAAUCCAAUUUAUGCAUUGACAGCAAGGUAUGAAUACAAAUAAUAAAAUAAGAUCAUCAUUUUUCGGAGUAAUGAAAAAAUACUACUUCGUUCCUGUUUUACUUUCACAACCAUUCUAAAAACAGAAUAGACAACUUUACGAUGAGAAGGUGAAUAGAAUCUUGAAAAAAUAUGAUUUCACUACUCCUGAAUUUUAAUAGGCAUUUAAAUAAAUUGAAGCUGACGGAGGAUUAAAGAAAUUCAUGAAAAAGUACCUUACGGAGAAGGAUGAAGAGCCAUAGCAACCCGUUUAGCAAACAUAACAAUGAGAGAGAUGUUCAUUUAUUUUAUUUAUGUAAUUU